CGAUAAAUCAGUUAACGGAAUUUUAUUCGACAAAGCAACUUGUCAGCGGUCUGUACCAUUACGAAUGUUUUUUCCAACAUGGCGGGUAAGGUUUGAAAUAUACUUGCUGUUCUUUAACAAUUUUUCCUCUUUUUAACCAUUUCACCUUUCUACAGGUUUACAGUCGCUUGAUUUAGAGGAGGAUCUUGCGGUUGGAAGGUAAUGAUGUAGUUUAAUAACUAACCUUUGAGAGAAGUGUAAAAUUAGCUUGACGGGCCAUCUGGCUUGGGGUCAUUAGAUCGUUAUUUUUUCUUCAGUCUUUGGAACAUCUUAUCCCUGUUUCUUGUUUUUGAUUCAAAAAUUGAGUGCCCAUAUUGCGACGAUCGCCAUAAAGAUAGAAAACCUAUCGUAAGGACUCUAAUGCUUAAUUCAAGUAACAAUAUUUAAGCUUGAUAUUGAAACUUCAGCUUACUUUACAUGUACGCAGUCAAGACAGCUGGCCCCAAAAUAAUUCAGCUUGGUGUUCAGACUUGAGGCUUUAAAAAUAAUAAUAAUAAUAAUAAUAAUUUAUAAAUUUACAAUAGCGCCUUUUAACAUAUAAAUGAUCAAAAGCACUUAACAGUCUAAAAGUUUAUUGAGCUGGUGUCUAGUGCCAAUGACGAGAAAUUCAGUUUUAUCGUCAUUUAGUAGCAACCUUCCAUCAAUCAGCCAUUUCUUUAAGUCAUGUAUGCACCCCUCCAUAGCAUGCAGCAGCUCAUCUUGUGCGUUAUGAUCAUCUGCUCUGAAACUGAGGUACAGCUGCGUAUCUUCUGCAAAACAGUGAGCUUGUGUGAGGUGAUGCUCAAUAACCUUAAGGAGCGUUGAAAUGUAAAUGACAAACAGCAAGGGUCCCAGACAAGAACCCUGAGGUAUGCCACAGUCAAGUGAGAACUGUUGAUGGAUACUUGGUGGUUCCGAUUUGACAGAUAUGAGCUGAACUAGUCAAGCACUUUCCCAUGUAUGCCGACAUCCCUGCGCAGUCACUCCAACAAGAUAUUAAGAUCAACUGUGUCGAAUGCGGCGCUCAGAUCCAACAGGACCAUCAGGGUCACAUGCUGCUAGUUCAUUUUCAAGAGGAUGUCGUUCAUAACUUUGAGCAAGGCUGUUUCAGUGCUGUGAUGUUGAUGAUAGGAUGAUGGCUUUAUACAUCUUUUAUGUGAAAUCACUGGCCAAAUUUAGUUGGUAGAUAAGGCUGUUUGUUUCGUGUCAUCUUUCUGAUCUUAAUAGCAAGUUUUUUAAAUUUAAUUUAGAAUUAUUGCUAUUGGGUUUUCAUUAUCAUUAUUUUUCAUCAGAUCCAGUCGAGCUGAUGCUAAGUUUGAUACAACUGUUGGCCACAUAGAGGACAUUGUCAUGGGUAAGUAUAUUUUAUCAUCAUUCAUCGCAUCAAAAUCAGUUGGGUGAAUACUAUCCUUGAAAAAAUUUGUUUUGAAACGCUGACGCUGUUCCUCAUCCAGGAGUAGUUUUUGUUUAUCAAUUUUUUGUAUGGGUAUUAUCAUUUAUUCGUGCUGCAUGAAACAAAGAAUCAAUCAUAUCUUUAUAUCCCCCCUAGAAGUUUAAAGCAAGAUUAUACUGUCUUUUAACCAGGUUAACAAAGAAGGUUCAGUUUAUCUUUGACAAGUAACAGCCCUCAAUCUAGCAAGGAUUAUUGGUCUGAUUUAAAUCUUGACAGUUCACAUAUUUCCUUUAGACAAAUGUUAUUAGUUCAGAUCACAAGUGCCCAGUAUUUUUUGCCUUCUCUUUAACACAUAAAAUCAUUGUAUUUUCUCAGAGGAAAGAUUUCAGACAAUGCAAAGAGACUUCAAAGAAAAGUACUACCAUCACUUUACAGAUGAAGAGGAAAAUAAACUUAUAUACAUGGAUAUAUUCAAGGAAUAUGUAAGCUAUUGUUAGUUGAUUAACUCCACGCCAAAUUGAUUUAACCCAAUAAAUUGCUAAAUGAGGCUACAUUUGCUUGUAAACUAAGUGGUAUGGUCUGUUGUUUCCUCCUAGAUGUUAAGCAUGUUUAUUUUUUUUCUUUUUCAUCUGUUUUAAGGAAAGAUCCAUUCCCUUUUUCUUGCUCUCAUUGGUUUUCUUAAGCUUGUAGCAACAUUUUUUUUUCCUUUUAGCAUUCUGAAACCCAUAUAGUGUUUAAAGGCAAUAAAUGAAAUGAUUGAGAAUCAGACUAGGCUUAAACCACAGUGUUAGACUAGGUUGAACUACAACAUAGAUAUUCCACACCAAUUAGCUGUUUCAGCCCCUCUCCCUCGAAAAAUGUAAUAGUACUUAGCUAAUGUUUAACAUGAACUGUGCAAUAACCAUAACCAUUUAAGUAAUGAUCUGGGUAAGACAGGAAUCAAUUUCUUUUAUUAUGGCACAAUACGCUUUCCUCACAAAGGAAUGUUUUCAUUUUUCACACAGAGAAUGCAUAAACCUACAAAAAGGCAGUUUACAAAAUAACUGCCAAUUAUUGUAUUUAAACUCCAUUUUUAAAGGGUGUCUUUUUGUGUUAAUAGAUUUUGACCAAUCAUAAGAGUUGCAAACAACAGCCAAGAAAAUAUCACAAUUUUACAUGUUCCUCACAUAGGAUUUCUGUGUUACUUUAUAGACUCAGACAAGCUUUUGUUAUUAAGAAUUUGGUUGGAAAACAAGGGAUUAAAAGAUUUCGUAAAAUUAGAUGUUUAAACCUAUCAGAAGUGUAGUAGAAAAAACAGUAAAGUUAGCAGAUUUUUGCAUUCCAAUGUGUUCAUUGCAUUUGGUUCUUUCCUUCUUAUCUUGACCAUUACUUAACUAUCUGCUGCGUCUUUAGGUUUCACAAAUAGAACAUUACAUACAAGAUGAGCUUAAAAAGAGAAUUCCCGGCUUCUCCAUGGAAGAAUUUUCAAAGUCGUUGGAGUAAGUUAUUGUUUUAUUGUUCUUUUGUGGUUAUAAUAAGUGACAAAAGGUGGUGUUGACCAAUAUUGUACUACGAAUAAUUUUGGUUAUAUUUUUUAAAAUAUUAUAAUGUUAUUGUUGUUUGACAUAUUUUUUUGCUUUGCCAUACGUAGACGUCGGCACGACCAAAUUGGGGGAGAUAUAUUGGAGAUGCUUCUUAGUUUUACAGAUUUCUUGGCCUUCAAACAAAUGUUUCUAGAUUACAAAGCUGUAAGUAUUGCUAACCUCUCAUCUGCUCUUGUUUAGUUUUGCCCUUUGCUUCAUUUCAGCUUUUCUAUAUCUUUCUUGUAUUCUGCAGUUUAAUUAGACUGCAAAACAGGGAUCAUUAUGCCCACCUACCCCUCCCCUAAGCCAACAUUUUGCCCUAAGUGAGAAGUAAGUGUUAAUGUUGGCUUAGGGGAGGGAUAGGUGGGUAGUUUCCCAGAAACUUAUAAUGAUCCAAAAACAGUUGGUGGGGGGGUAUCAAAAUCCCAUUUUCAAGGCACAAAGCACUGGUAUAUUGCCCACCAACCUAGAUUCCAGGCAAGUAUCCCAUCAAUCAACCAUGCUCUCAAGUGUGGCAGCCUAGCUGUUUAUUCCCAAGUGAACUAGAAAAAUGGCAUUCAUGGCUAUCUGAAGGUGAAAUAGCUACAUUUCUGACUAAAACUGAAUGGAAGAAAUGCAAGAAUAUGCAAAACAUAUUGCUCAAUGGAUGUUAUCUAUUUUUUGAGGAGUAUCUGCAAGAAAAACAUCUGUUUAUAUCCCCAAACCAUUCUGAGAAAUAGGUCAAGGUUUUGAAGAAAGUCUAGGAGGAGGUUAGCUUGUUAAUAACUUAGAAAUAUUUUGAAUAAAUAAUAUAACAGUUACUGAAAUUCGACUUUUGUUUGAUGGUUUGAUGUGAAGAAUUAUGCAGAUCUCAGAGGCUCUUAUCUUCGACCUGCAUAACAUUUCACAUCAUACUCUGCCUUAUUAAAUAAUUGUUAAUAGCUUCUAGUUAGAUAUUGCAAGUGCAUGCACUAAUAUUGUACAUUAUAACAUAGCCUAUAAACUAGUCAAAUGAUCAGAAUAAAUUCCAUCAUGGUACACUGUACACUUUGGAUUUUAGGCAAAAGAAGGCACAGGAAUGGACUUAAGUGACUUGUUAACUAUCACGUCAAGCUCAGCUAAUAAAGAUGACUCACAAGGCAUGCAAAUUGACCCUGAUUCACCAAGAGAGGGACCAUCAAAGCAAAGAUAGUCUUUGGAGAAACAGUUCUUUGACUUUCUCCAUGUUCUUGGAGUGCUGUGUCUCUAUCUGUAAAUAAAUACGACUCACAACUUGAAGGCACCACAAGUUUUGCAAACACAGUCUAUAAAUUAUAUUGCAUUCAGUGUCAAUAACUUUAGAUUCACAUGGUGACUGGAUGUUGUUUUGGUAAAAAUACCUAGCUACUAUGGGUUUCAUUAGACAGGUAAAACAAGAACAAACAGAUCACAACUGCAUAAAAUUAUGUAUGUGUGCUGAAAAAGUUGUGCUAUGAAUUCAGAUGAUAUAAGUUUUGGUUAAUUUCUAAUCUGCUGCUCCAGAAAAAAAUUCAUACCCUCCUAGAUUAAUACUUUUUUCCUAGGCCCCUAUUUUCCUCGCGAUUUUCAGUGACGCUCUGUGGGGCAGAUAUGGGUAUUUUCUUGGAACAAGUAAGUGGUACUGUUUUGACUAUUCACAGAGAAAAAAGAAAUAGGUUACUUUCUUGAUAGCAUCCAUCCUAAGCCUUCUAAAAGCAGAACAACAAACUCGUUCCUCUCAUAUCAACUGAUAUUUUUGUUUAAGAAAAUAACUCCCUUUCUCUUUUAUUAGAAUUUUAAGUGUAAGAAGAGCCGUG